CUCAAAAGCAAAACCAAGCAAAACUUGAAUUUUGAAAUAAAUUCACCGGUUGUUCCGUUAUUAUUAUAUUUUUACAUUAAAAUGACGAUUUUCAAUAGUUUUCCUAACUUGCCAGGACCAGAGGAGACUGCUUUUUGUAAAAUCAACGAAGCGUAUUGCUGCGGAAACGUUCGAUAUGGAAAUAUUUCAACAUUUACAAACUCGAUCAAAAAGCAUCCCAAAAUCAAUGUUACUAAGGAUUUACACCAUCACAGAUUGUCGGACGAAAACAUAACCAUGUACGUUGAUGUUGAAGACAAUUUACUGAAGAAAAUCACAAGUGUGUGGUAUAAACAAGGGUUUUUGGAAGCUCUAAGUGUGGCCGCUGAUCCUAAUAUCAACAGAGAAAGCCGCGUGCUAGCUGUGACAGCGUCUUAUGCAUUAAAAGUGGCAAACAUGUUCACAGCAUUACGAUACUUCAUGCAGCCACAUUUAAAGGACAUAGGACCUAAAAUCGUGUCAAAUUACUCGAGAACAAGAAACUGGGGUAGUUCCCCUGUCAAAUGUCUCGCUUGGCACCCCCAUACAACAAAAAUUGCAUUAGCAACAGCCGAUGAUAAUGUACGGGUAUAUUGUUCAGAAGUAUCAUUUGUAUCAACUUUAAAAUGUAAGGCACAAGGGCACGUGUCGUCUUUAUGCUGGAGGCCAUACUCGGCAUCUGAGAUUGCAGUUGGAUGUGAACAAGGUGUGAUUGUGUGGACAGUGGACCCAAAUUCUAUGUUUACUAAGCCAUCGUCUAGUAAUGCUGUAGUUUUGAAGAGAUCUGGACACAGUCCCGUGACAGAUGUGAGCUGGUCUCCGAAUGGUGAUCUCCUAGUGAGCUGCUGUGGAGCCGACACCUCUAUGCUGGUGUGGGAUGUUGCCAUGGAAGCUGCCAUACCCUUGCGGAGGGUGGCUGGGGGUGGCAUUGUGUUUGCACGCUGGUCCCUGAGUGCUAGCAAAAUAUUUGCUGCUACAUCUUCUAUUAUAUUCAGGGUAUGGGACACUCAGUCCUGGUCUCCGGAGCGCUGGUGCGCGCGCGGCUGCCGCGUGGUGGCCGCGUGCUGGGGACCCAACGACACGGUGCUGUUUGCUGCUAAGGGCGAACCGAUUGUCUAUGCACUGUGCAAUUCUGGCUUAAUGAAAGGAGCAAAAGCCAGUAAAGCCCAGCCAGUUCUUGACGUAACAAAAAUCGAACUGCCUUCUGGCGAAGCAGUGGGAGGACCCAUACUGGAUAUGUGCUGGGACCCAUCUGGCAGCUACCUCGCCAUAUUGUAUGAAGAGACCCACCUCAUAUCCGUGUUCUGUACUACACAGCUGAUGAUGCAACUUAGCAUUACUCCAUGUUGUUUCAUCAGCGGCAUAGACAACGAAGUGCCAUCAACUAUGGCAUUCCAGCAGAACUUCACAGAUGGCGCCUGUCUCUCCAUCGCUUGGUCCAGCGGCAGGAUACAGCACUUCCCUAUCAUUUACACUGACAGCUAUUGACGUAAGCCUUAUGUGCAACACCUACCUGCAGAACGGAGUGAAAUUGGUCUUUUUUUUAAUUAACAACUCAAACUAAGCUUUAUUUACUUUGGCACCCAGUUAUAGAUGUAACUGCAAGAAUUUAUUCUAAACUAGAGGAUGCCCGCGACUUCGUCCGCGUGGAUUUAGGUUUUUAGAGAUCCCGUGGGAACUAUUUGAUUUUCCGGGAUAAAAAGUUGCCUAUGUCAAUAACAGGGACGCAA